AUGCGAUCCCACCAGCCUGAGCAGAUGCCCCCAGAAGCAGGGGGAGAACAAAAGCAAAAGAAUCGGUCUCCUUCGGCACACUACGACCUGGCCAUCGGUGUUGCUUUGCAGUGGCUGGAUCGCUCAGAAGACUUAGCUUGGCUGGAGUGGGAGAAAGUGAAAAGGCCCUUUGGUGGCCGACCGAUAUACCCAAACCAUAAAGAAAGAGAAGCAAUGAUCUUAUCAUCUUAUGCUGGCAUCUUAAUGAACAGCAUCCCCAUCGAGGAAGUCUUUAAAAUUUACGGGGCGGAUUCUUCUGCCAAUUCUGGUGCUACCAAGGUUCUCCGAGCUCCACCUUUCCGCCUCUCCCUGCACCCUUUUGCCAUGCUAACGGCACCCAGAGCAGCAGAAUAUGCCCGCAAACAGAGUAAGCCUGCUUACUUCCACCCGUUAGAGAAAUCUAACACAGGAGGGGCUCUCACCCUGUAA